UUCUUUGCUUCUGAAGCUCAGAGGGUUGAACUGAACUCUGCGUUCAUGUCAACUUUAGCGAAAGUCAUGUCGAAGUUCCGGCUGGCGGUGGUCCAGCUGCAGGUGAGCAGCGUCAAAGCGGACAACCUGAGCAGAGUCCGGCGGCUGGUGAAGGAGGCCGCAGGAGGGGGAGGACAGGUGGUGCUGCUGCCGGAAUGCUUCAACUCUCCAUAUGGGACCAGCUUCUUCUCCUCAUAUGCUGAGAAGAUCCCCGGAGAAUCCACCCAGGUGUUGUCGGAGGCAGCGAAGGAGAGUAAGGUGUAUCUGGUGGGAGGAUCCAUCCCUGAAGAGGACAGUGGGAAGUUGUAUAACAGCUGUACAGUGUUUGGCCCUGACGGAGAAAUGAUUCUUAAACACAGAAAAAUUCACCUAUUUGACAUCGACGUUCCGGGAAAAAUCCGCUUCCAGGAAUCUGAGACACUGAGCCCGGGCAACACUUUGUCAAUGUUUGAAACACCGUUUUGCAAAGUUGGUGUUGGUAUUUGCUAUGACAUGAGGUUUGCGGAGCUCGCACAGCUCUACAGCAGGAAAGGCUGUCAGCUGCUGGUUUACCCUGGAGCCUUCAACAUGACGACUGGUCCGGCCCACUGGGAGCUCCUGCAGAGGGGGAGGGCGCUUGACAACCAAGUGUAUGUGGCCACAGCAUCACCUGCUAGAGAUGAAACAGCCUCCUACGUGGCCUGGGGUCACAGCACUGUAGUAAACCCAUGGGGAGAAGUCAUCUCCAAGGCAGGACCAGAGGAAGCCAUUAUUUACGCCGACAUCGACCUGCAGUAUUUAUCCGACAUCCGGCAGCAGAUCCCAAUCACAGCUCAGCGGCGAGACGAUCUCUACGCUGUGACAUCAACGCAAGAAGGAUCAGGCUGAACGCUGUGACCUGAGUCCUGUUCUCCAACUGAGGCUGAAAUGAUUCUGGCUAAAAUAUACGUUAAUUUUCGUCCAGAUAAUUUGGUUCUUUGAAGACGUUCAAGGAUUGAUUGGAUGAAGUUGUUGUGUACUUCAUUCAUACGACUAACUAAGUGCAGAUCCUGUGAUUGCGCUUACAUGAAGUAGGUCCGACUCUCCCAGCACACACUCAGGAAGUAAACUGAUGCAGAUUAGUCUCAUUUCUGCAUUUUUCAACGUUGUGCUGCACAAUUUUCAGUAAAGUAAGUUCUGCAGUUUAUUGUUCAGUUUCAGUUUCGAAAUGAUGAAUCUAAUUUUAAAGGUGUAAGAUUCAGAAAACCACCAUUAAAACCCCCUAAGUUUUUUACCUUGUUAACAUGUCCAUAUGGUAUUAUUUUAUAUACUUAAAGACAUCAUGAUGGAAAUGUGCAGUUGACAACAUGGCUGAACAUUUCCACUUUUAACCUGCAGUCUACUGAUGACAGUCUCAAAAACAUGCCUUAUUCUUCUUCAUUAUUGGUUUCCAGUUCCAACAUGUAUCCCUGAAUUACUCCCAUAUUAAAACUUGUCAUUUUGUAGAGUAGUUCAAAAGUUUUUUGAGCAGAGUUGUCGGUGAGCUGGUGUGCUGAGCUGCAGUGAGUGGCAGAGAGAUGGGAUCUUCACCUUCUAGAUGAUGCAAAGGUGUAGUUACAUUUAAGUCAGUUAAAGGCAGGGAGGGAUUGUUUUCAUAUUUUCAUGACUUUGAAAAACUCUGAAAACUGAGUCAGAGUGUCUCUAAAGCAGCAGGUCUUUUGGGCUGUUGCUGGUAAGCAGUGUUCAGCACCAAAAGUGGUCCAAGGAAGAACAACCAGUGACCUGGGCACAAGAUCACGGACACUCAAUGCUCUUAGAUGCAUGUAAAGUGAAGGCUGACCACGUAGUUUAUUACACAGCUUGUGCUCCAUGUUCUUCCACAUGGUACCUUUAACAAUGUAAUGCAAUGUAGUGUAAGCAACAUCAAAAACUCCAGCCAACUGAACAACCCCUUGCCUCACCCUCCCUCAUCCAAGCAUGCAGGAGAAUAUUCACUGGCCACUAAAGUCUGGCUCUAAACUUAGUGUUUUGUUUGUCAGUUCUGGGCUUCUGUAGAGAGAUGGAGGACUCCCUGCUCCCUCUGCAGACACCAAGGGCUCAUUCUGGUUUAAUGAAAACACAGUGAUUCCUUCUUCUAGGUGAUUAUACAAUAAUGAAAACCCAAUUCUGAAUAAUAUAUUCCAUUUCUGCCAGCAGAUCCUCCUAAAGACCAUUAGAUACCAUAUGUCCAGGCCUCAUUUGUCAGAGUCUUUAGAAAUGUCUUUUUGGCCUUUUCGUUUUAUAUUUUAUCAUGUAUGAGUAAUAAUUGCGUCAACAGAUCAUAAUGAUUUCUGAAUGACCUGUAUUUUCUCAUCUAUAAUUAACAGUCUUUCAUUGAAUCUCUAAGAAUGUGAACCAUUUAUAUCUGGCUAUCCAGCUGACUGUUGAAGGCCUCCAGAUUCAUUCAUCAGCUUCAAAGAACCAAAAAAAAAUCAUGACAUGUAUAAAAUUAGCAGCAUUAUAAUCUCAGUUGCCCACGGACAGAACAGGACCUGGACAUGCACAGAUACGACACAAACAAUGCGAUGGAUGUCUGCUGCAGAACAUCGAGACUCGUAGUUGCGGAAACAUGAUGCAGUUUGGACAAUCGUCAGACAGCGCGAUUGAGUGCAGUGAAGCUGCAUUAAGAAACUGUUUCUAUGUGAAGCAAUAAAACACCUUGUUGAUCACUAGUAAACUGAUGAGUUUUGGUGAGCAAUGAAAUCUUUCAUCAUUUCAGGUUCCAGAAAAAUGUGAAAAUGUACCUCUUUAAAGUGUUUCCACUUUUUUGACACAGUGCUUAAUAUACAAAAAAAAAUGAUGAAAAUCUAA